AUGGGCCAAAAGCACAAUCGACGCCGUGCACGACACCGUUCGUUAAACGCCCGUACGACCGCCGUGACGAAACGAUAUCCUCACCUCAUACCGGAUCUUGUCAGUCUCCACGGUCUUCUUCCAUAUGACGGCUACGCCGUGACUUCGCUUCCUUCCCGCUUGCCACAAGUUUGUACACCAGGACCGGGCCCUACCUGGCACAGUCGGUACCUGACGUUGCAAACCCGUGAUCGCAGACAAUGCCAGUUCACUUCUAGAUUCGAAGUUGAGCAGUGCCGUCUCUUCGGAGGUGAGCCUGGGGACGAUGUCGAUUUGUGUUAUCGCAUGUUGGAAUAUUUUGAUGGACUGGACUAUAUCGACACAUGA